GGUCUCGGGCUCGGGCUCGGGCUACAUACUCUACAUACCUACUCUGCAUACAUAUAUCUACCAAAGACAGACAGAGCACCGAAUGUCCAGCGUGCAUCUUUGGGGUCCGGACGGUGAUGGCUACUGUGAUGGAGCCAUGUGUCUUGCAUCAUGCACCAUCCAUCAGCACCCACCCCAGGUCCUCAGGGCCCAGGGCUCACAGAAGCCCGGUCGCUGGGCUGGGCUGGAAAGUACCAACUAUAUACGCCCGGCAACCUCCACGACCGAACGGCCGGUCAGCUCAGCUCAGCGAAUCAGACCCGGAUUCGGAUUCGGAUUUGCUCGAUUCCGUAGCGGCCGCGGAGGAUUGACUGCGAAUAGUGUCCAGGGAUUCCGCCGUCGGACAGACCCUCUCGACCCGAGAUAUUCUUCUUGUUCUGCUGCCUCUUCUUCUUCGGCUUCGUGGGAUCUGGUUGGAGUAUGGAGGUUAGGUAUAGUACGGUUUAUUAGUUGUCCGCUGGCAGCAUAUGUAUCUGCUCCAAGUACAUAUGUACGUUCAACGGUUUUUUCUUUCCAGUUAUCCUACCUACAUGUGAGCAAUGAGCAUGGUAGUUAUGCUACGUUCCUCCACUCCGCCUCCCCUUCCAAGUUCCGUUCCGUUCGCGGGCCUAGAUACCUGCCAAUCAUCUGUAACCUAUCAUAUACCCGGUGUGACAGUAUCACCAAAAUUCAAAGCCCGGCGACGACGACGACCAAGCACAAGCACGAGCACAAGACCAAGCACAAGCGGUCAACUCAAGCACAAGCGGUCAAUUCAAGCCAAGCGGUUGAAUUAAGCGGCUCGACUGGACUCGACUGGAUGUGUCUCUCUGUUGCCGGUCGAGCAGGACAGAAAGCGGAGGAAUAACACCCCACGGCCCCCAAUUAGGUGACUGACCAGGUGACUGGCCGUUGGCAUGAAUUGCUUCUGCAGACUCCGACGAC